UAAAAAAUUUAGAAAGACAAAAAAUAAUAAAGUCUAGAAAUUGCUAAUAACUUGGGCGGUGGUAGAUGCAAAACAACCAGACUAAGCUUUCUCUUUCUGUCUCUUGAGUUACGAGUUGACUCAGUUACAGAGAACAAUGAGUCAAGAAUCGUUCAUAUACAGCUUUGUAGCUCGUGGAACAAUGGUGUUAGGUGAGUACACCGAGUUCACUGGUAACUUCCCUGCCAUUGCAACUCAGUGUCUUCAGAAACUACCUUCUUCAAAUAACAAGUUCACCUACAACUGUGACCACCACACCUUCAAUUUUCUAGUCGAAGAUGGUUAUGCUUACUGUGUUGUUGCCAAAGAAUCUGUUAGCAAGCAGAUCUCUAUCGCAUUCCUUGAGCGUGUCAAAGCUGACUUUAAGAAAAGAUAUGGUGGUGGAAAAGCAGAUACAGCUAUUGCCAAAAGUCUAAACAAGGAAUUUGGGCCGAUUAUGAAAGAGCACAUGAAGUAUAUCAUUGAUCAUGCUGAAGAGAUUGAAAAGCUAUUAAAAGUGAAGGCUCAAGUUUCAGAAGUUAAAAGCAUCAUGUUAGAAAAUAUAGACAAGGCUAUUGAUAGAGGAGAAAAUUUAACUAUUCUUUCAGACAAGACUGAGACACUGCGCUCACAGGCUCAAGAUUUCAGAAAGCAAGGAACACAGGUUCGUCGGAAGAUGUGGUAUCAGAACAUGAAAAUUAAAUUGGUUGUUCUCGGUAUUCUAUUGUUUUUGGUCCUGGUUAUCUGGCUCUCAAUUUGUGGUGGAUUUGAUUGUUCAAAUUAGCAUUAAUUGAAACUUCACAAAUCAGGUUUUUAUUAUAGGAGUUUUAUAACUACAGAUUGACAGUAUUCAUUAGUUUUACUCUGACAUCUAAUCAUAUUUUACCAUGUCAUAAUAUAACUUCUAAUUUUUUGUGACGGCAUCAAUGAAGAUGGUGAAAAUAUGAUUGGACGAUUAUGUAAAUUUUUUGUAUACUGUUGGUUUAUAGUUAUGUUUUUAUUUAUAAAUGAUGUUUUAAGUGGGCAAUUUAGAAGAAAAUCAACCAGCAGGGACAGUUUCACAAUUGUAAAAAAAAUUUCCUACCUUGUUGCUGGUGGAUAAAUUAAUGUGUUAUUGGAAAUUGUUGAGUAGAGGGAAAGGGUCUAUCAGUGUAUCCUGCGAUGGACUGUUUGAUCUAUACAAUCAGUACAGUUGUACUUUUUUCUUAGUUUUUA